CGCUGGAACAACGGGCGCCCUGUCCCCCCUCCACCCGCGCUCCUGACGCCAUUCCCGGCUCCAAUCCACAGCCUUCUCUCCGGACAGGACAGUGGGGGAAAGUGACUCACGACACAGAAACAUGACUCCUCUUACCUUCGCUAAUACAACAAACGUCACUUUUUAAAGUCAACUUAGCGAGAAAACGCCGACUUUUGUCCCGUUUUCUCCUUAAAAUAAGAGGAGUGAAGCUUUGUUUUUUAUGCUUUGUGCGCAUGCGCUAAACAUGGGGCAAACACGACUGUUUUUGAUGGAUUUGAGCGACUAACUUCUUUGAUAGGAGGAAUAAAAACACGUUGGAUUUACACCCAAGCGGAGAUUAAAGUGUUGAAAGCACGUUUUUCAGAUGUGUCCCAUGCCAGUUCCAGCGGCCCCGCAGUCCCACAAUGGAUCCCAGAAGUCCAAGCUUCAACGGCGGGGGAGGACGACACCCAAGGCGGCCAUCGCAGGACGACGGGAGCCUGCGGACUUUGCAAACCCGCGAUGGCGCGCCGGAUACCUGGUUUUCUCCAGCGACGCUUACAUUGGAACAGUUGAGGAUAACUGGGAACCACAAUGAGUACACAGAAGGGCCCGCCGCCGCCGCCGCCCAACACGGGCACAAGGGUGACUCUGUGACCACGCCCGUCUCCCAGGGAGAGCGGCUCAGUAAUGAUCAGAUGCACCUGGGGGCCACCAGGACCAGCGUGGCCCGACAGAUAAUCAGUAAUCAGCCCAAGCCAGCGGCGUUGACGUCGAGCAAAAAAACAGAGGAACCGAGGGGCGGCGUGGACUCCGAGUGCGCGCGCUGUGGCCUGUGCCGCUGCCCCGAGUGCAGGCGGCCCCGGGCGCUGCCCUCCUGCUGGAUGUGCGGCAGGCGCUGCGUGUGCUCGGCGCAGCACGCGGCCGAGUAUUGCACCUGCGUGUGCUGCCUCAAGGGCCUGUUCUACCACUGCUCCAGCGACGACGAGGACACGUGCGCGGACAAGCCCUUCUCGUGCGCGCAGUCCCACUGCUGCGUCCGCUGGACCGCCGUUUCGCUGAUGGCCGCCGUGCUCCCGUGUCUCCUGUGCCACCUCCCGGCCAGGGGAUGCGUCGCCGUGUGCCAGGGGUGCUACGACCGAGCUACGCGGCCUGGCUGCCGGUGCAAGAACGCCCUCCCCUGUGAGACGGCGUGCAAGCCAACGUAGAUCACGCGUUUGUGGCCCGAUCGGCACAGUCUACUUCCACCGUUGAUCAAAAGUCAUACUUGAAAGCAACACCAAAACACUCCACUCUUCCAAAAGUAUAGCGACUCCUGCGGAAUAAUUCUACACAAGUGCCCGUACAGUGGAACCUCGAUUCACAAACUUAAAUGUAAAUAUGAACAACGGGAUCUCGCCUUGACAAAAGUUAUUACCUCCUUGCUUGGCACUCAGCAUCAAGGGUUGGAAUUGGGGGUUAAAUCACCAAAAAUUAUUCCCGGGUGUGGCCACCGCUCCUGCUCACUGCUCCCCUCACCUGGGGGGGUGAUCAAGGGUGAUGGGUCAAAUGCAGAGAAUAAUUUCGCCACACCUAGUGUGUGUGUGACAAUCAUGGGUACUUUAACUUAUACAGGUGAGUUUCCCGACUAUAUGCCGCACUGGUAUAUAAGUCGCACCCACUAAACUUUGGAAGAAAAAAAAGAUUUGUUCAUAUAUUAGCCGCAGAUGUAUACGUUGUGAAGUGAGUUAUUUACACAGAAAUAUUCUGUAAAUGUUUAUUUACAUACCUUAAUUGUUUCCGAACGGUGCCUGUAACACGGCAGUAAAACGGCCGAUCAAACAAAACAGAAAAGUCAUUAAUGGCUUCCUUCAUCCUUUGAUAUGAAUAAGAUAUUCUCCUUUUUUUAAUAAGGUUCAAGACGUUUAUUGGGAUUUUUCUUCCUUUGAGUUUUAACAGUUUUUAAGUACAUUGAUUUCUUUGCUUAAUCCGCUCGAAAAUGUAGCAGUUAGCAAAGACAAAGCCAUAGAUUAGCCGCACCUUUGUAUAAGCCGCAGGGCUCGAAGCUUGGGGAAAACGAAGCGGCUUGUAGUCCGUAAAACACCGUAACUAUCUCUUUAUCAACAAGUGAAAAAACAACAACAAGCUUAACUGUCCUGUAUAAGUCUUUUUGGAGCCCUCACAAAGGAUCAGAAAUCACAAAAAUCCUUAACUUCACCAACCAUAUUGCUACAAUGAUAAACAUUUUCAAAAGUAAAAUCCAGCUGAUUCUGAUUCUUCCUCAACCUCUUCAGCGCGAGCGAGCACAAAAUGGCUCGAGAUAAAAGCUCGCAAACCGAAAAGUUCGCACACAGAUCCGUAAAUCGAGGUUCCACUGUAUAUGAAGAAGAAAUCUUUCCAUUUUUGUUGUCGCCGCCAUUUUUCAGGAUGAGGCAGAAUGACUGACUUCCACGUAUUGCGUUUGCUAACAUUUCCCUAAAGUUUUCAGUGCCUAACUCCUGACAAAGUGACGCAGGAGGAUCGGUACUUCCGAAGGUCUAGAAUUUGGCGCCGAUCCAAUUUGGGAUUGUGCCGACAUCAGCACUUUGCAGAGUGCCGUUGUAGUUUAACUUUGCAUUGACGUCUAACAACUAACUCCAUGUACUUUAGAAAGAGCUUUUAUUUUUGUACAUUGAAUAAUUCCUGACUGUGAAUCAUUGACCUUGAACGUGACUUCUCAGUUGGCAGUUAUCCCUUCGGCUUGAACAACUGUACAGUGACGGAUAUGAAAACUUUAUUUUCUAAUUUCUACUUGUCCUAGCGCAAAUUUGAAAUUAGAUAUUUAUUUGGAGGUUUAUUAUUGUAUAAUGCAAAGUAUUUAUUUUGUGUCAAUGCUGGAGAUAAAUAGCUGGCUGUCACUGAAAAGACAAAUAUAUUAACGUUUGAAAUUAAACAAGCUUGAAGUCUGA